AUGGGUUUGUCCACUGCAGCUCGAACAGCUCCUGCUGUUUCCCUUCGCCGCUCGAAUCGACUUCAACGAAACAAGUCUAUCAUGCCUCCCGCGACGCUUCCCCCGAAGGAAGAUAUCCAGGAUACGUUGGUUUUACCAUCUCCCACAACUUGGAUUGACAUGUCGACUAACGGUGUCCUCUUUCGUAGCUGGGCCUUCUUGGAACAUGGCAUCAACGGUGUGAUGGUGAAGCUGGAGGAUGGUGUGGACAUGAAACAAUAUAUGGCACUUUACACUGCCGUCCACAACUUUUGCACGUCACAGAAAGCCGUUGGAAAUACGGGUGGGCUUCAAGCUCACAGGGGCGGUUCGUUGUCCACUCCUCCCACUCCUCUUCCUACAUUAUUCUGGGCUGACGAUCGCACACAAUUAGCACAUCUCUUGGGAGAAGAACUCUACAGCCUCCUUGGCCAGUAUCUGACUAGGCACCUCGGAGAUGUGUAUGCGACCUCGGAGACCCACAGUGAAGAGGCUCUGCUGGGCUUUUACAUUCGGGAAUGGAAUCGGUACACCACUGCUGCGAAGUACAUUAACCACCUUUUUAAAUACCUGAACCGCCACUGGGUUAAGCGGGAGAUUGACGAGGGAAAGAAGAACAUCUACGAUGUUUAUACGCUCCAUCUCGUCAAAUGGCGGGAAGACUUUUUCAAGAGUGUUCAAGAAAAGGUGAUGAACGCUGUUCUCAACCUGGUUGAGAAACAACGAAACGGUGAAACGAUCGAACAGUCCCAGAUUAAGAGCAUCGUAGAUUCGUUUGUAUCCCUGGGCCUGGACGAGAACGACAGCACCAAGUCGACUCUAGAAGUAUAUCGCCUCUACUUUGAGAAGCCUUUUAUCGAUGCCACUCGCGUCUACUACGAGAAUGAAUCUCGCCAGUUUGUUUCAGAGAACAGUGUCGUCGAGUACAUGAAGAAGGCAGAAUCUCGGCUGGAGGAAGAAAAGGCCCGAGUCGGGCUUUAUCUGCAUACUGACAUUGCAAAACGCUUGACAGAGACGUGUCUGGAGGUGCUGGUCACUGCCCAUUCGGGUCUUUUGCGCGACGAAUUCCAAGUGCUCCUCGAUAACGACCGACAAGACGAUUUGGCUCGGAUGUACCGGCUACUUUCGCGAAUCAAGGAUGGGCUCGAUCCGUUGCGCACUCGAUUCGAAAAGCAUGUCCGUAACGCCGGCCUUGCCACCAUUGACAAGGUGGCUGCUGAAGGCGAGAAUUUCGACCCUAAGAUGUAUGUCGAUGCCUUGUUGCAGGUUCACUCGAGAUACCAGACCUUGGUCGUCGCCGCCUUUGCCGGCGAAUCCGAAUUUGUGCGCUCCCUUGAUAACGCUUGCCGUGACUUUGUGAACCGAAACUCGAUCUGCAAGACCAGCUCGUCCAAAUCUCCCGAGUUGCUGGCAAGAUACACCGAUUCGCUGCUCAAGAAGGGCUCUAGGGCUACGGAGGAGGUGGAGUUGGAAGAUAUGCUGGUUCAAAUCAUGACUGUCUUCAAGUACAUUGAGGACAAGGAUGUUUUCCAAAAAUUCUACUCCAAGAUGCUUGCCAAGCGCCUGGUUCACGUCAGCUCUGUUUCAGAUGAUGCCGAGACCAGUAUGAUCAGCAAAUUGAAAGAAGCAUGUGGUUUCGAGUACACCAACAAGCUACAGCGCAUGUUCCAGGAUAUCCAGAUUUCCAAGGACCUUAACGCGAACUACCGUGAUUACCAGGAGAAGAUUCUGGACGACGAAGACCGACGUAAACUGGUGGAUCCUCACUUCCAGAUUCUUGGUACAGGAUUCUGGCCGUUGAACCCACCAUCAACGGAAUUCAUCCCGCCAACAGAGAUUGUCAAAACCGCAGAGCGUUUCCAACACUUUUAUUUCGACAAGCACAACGGUCGCAAAUUGACAUGGUUAUGGCAGCUUUGCAAGGGAGAGAUCAAAGCCAACUACAUCAAGAACACCAAGGUCCCGUACACAUUCCAGGUGUCAACCUACCAAAUGGGCAUUUUACUCCUCUACAACGAGAGCGACACGCUCGACUAUGCAGACAUCCAAAAGGCAACCAAAUUGGCCAAUGAGGCUCUGGAGCCGAACAUGGGUCUUUUGCUCAAGGCAAAGGUGCUUCUUGCUAGACCCGAGGGAUCCAAACCUGCACCAGGCGUGUCCUUUGUCCUGAACCAAAACUUUAAGCACAAGAAAGUCAAGGUCAACUUGAACCUGCAGAUCAAGUCGGAGCAGAAGAACGAAGCUGACGACACGCAUAAAACGAUUGAGGAGGAUCGCAAGCUCCUUCUUCAGUCCUCCAUCGUCCGUAUCAUGAAGUCUCGCAAACAGAUGAAGCACGUGCAACUGGUCCAAGAAGUCAUCCAACAAGUCAAAGCCCGCUUCCCGCCCAAAAUCCCUGAUAUCAAAAAGAACAUUGAGGCCCUCAUGGAAAAGGAUUAUAUUGAACGACUGGACAACGAUGAACUAGCCUAUAUUGCAUAA